GCUGAGGCACGCACGCGUGGGCUGCUUGCUGACCUGCAGUGCCGCGGCAGCAUGAAGGGCGCUCUGGGGAGCCCCGUGGCCUCCGCUGGCGCCACGAUGCAAGCGAGUUUCGGCUGCGUUGUGGCCAACCGCUUUCACCAGCUGCUGGACAACGAGUCCGACCCGUUUGACAUCCUGCGGGAGGCCGAGUGCCGGCGCCAGCAGCAGCUCCAGCGCAAGAGGCGCGACGAGGCGGCGGCGCCUGGGGUGGGCGCCCGCGGCGGUCAGAAGCGAACUACUAGAAGAGGGGAGCAGCCAGGAUGGAAUGAUAGCUGGGGGCCAGAGGCGGCGCUGGAUAGAGCAGAGCGGAGAUCCUCCAGGGAAUCCCGAUCCUUUGAGACUGAGAAGCAGACAGAGUUUACAGCUGAGAAGUUGACAGAUGAAAAACCAGUUGAUAGGUUUGAUCGAGAUCGACCCCUGAGAGGACGAGGAGGUGCAAGAGGGGGGAUGCGAAACCGAGGGAAAGGCGGUCCUGUGAACAGAAUUUUUGAUGGUUUCGACCAGAGAGGGAAACGUGAAUUUGAAAGAUACGGUGGGAAUGAUAAAAUAGCUGUCAAAACUGAAGAUACCAUGGAUGGCGCUGGACCUUGCAGCUGGGCAUGUGGUAAAGACACCAGAAUUCCUGAGUUGGAGAUAGAAGAAGAAACUCAAGUUCACGAGAUGACAUUAGAUGAGUGGAAAAAUCUUCAAGAACAGACCAGACCGAAGCCUGAGUUUAACAUCCGUAAACCUGAAUCCACUGUUCCUUCCAAAGCAGUAGUGAUUCACAAGUCAAAAUACAGAGAUGAUAUGGUAAAAGAUGACUAUGAAGAGGAUUCCCACAUUUUCCGGAAAGCAGCCAAUGACAUUACAUCCCAGCUGGAGAUUAAUUUUGGAAACCUUCCUCGUCCUGGGCGCGGAGCCAGAGGUGGCACACGAGGAGGCCGGGGAAGGUUCAGGAGGCCAGAGAAUUAUGGACCUAGAGCAGAAGUGGUGACACAAGACGUGGCUCCCAACCCAGAUGACCCUGAAGACUUUCCAGCUCUUGUUUGAUGGAACCCAGUGUCCCUGGCAACUGAAGACAACAUGGACAGACAUGAAAAGAAAUUGUCUUUGCUGUAGGAAGUCUUGACUCUAAGAACAAUAGAUGCUGCUUUUUCUCGUGUAGUGUGAAUGUGUCCUACUUCUUGGUCUUGGGGUAAGGCAGGGAUUUCUCCAGGCACAGGAGAGCAGUCAAUUAAUUCCUUGAGAGCUAGUCUUGCACUUUUCUAAGAAGGUAAAGAAUGCUGAUCAUUUUUUUAAGAUAAUCCAAAUGAAGUUAAAAUAAUAUUUAAAACAUAUAGAUUGUAUUGAUUCCUUCCUAAAAGCAUACAGAGUAAAAUAUAAGUUGUAAAAUAUAAAUUAUUAAGACUAUUUGGUAAGUUGUAUAGAUAUUUGAAGACUGAAUUGUUCACUGUAUAAGAAGAAAAGAAAAGAUGUAACUUGGCUUAAUAAUGUAAAGAGUUACAGCUUAGUUUUCAGAGACCAAGACACUGAAACACAAUUGUAUUUUUGUUUGCCUGUAAAUGCUACAUUCUCCAGUAAGUUUUUUGAGUUCUGGUUUUCAUUUCCAUUUAAUAAUAGCUAUUGUGUAGGCACUAGCUAUUACUCUGACAGAAUUAGAUAAAGUACCAAUUUUUAAAUGGUGAUUUAUCAAACUACCUCAUGGUUUCUAUGUGUAUUAUAUACACACAAAAACUUAGCAUGGAUGUGCAUAGUGACUAGGUAGUCUCUGGGAUAAAUAAUACAUAUCUGAUUUAAAAAUCAGGUUAUUUAAUCUGGUGAACAAAUGAAAAGGAGUCCUGACAGUAGUGUCAUGGCAUAAAGACCUUUCUUCCUCAAAAGCAAGUAUCUGAAUUCAACAACUGUAUUUCAAAGCCACCCAACCCCGUGCCAGAUUUGUAAAUAACUAACAUUCAUUGAACCCUGAUGCAGUUUUUCUCAUUAGGUUGUUGUAGCAGUUCUAGAGAGUCCUUAUUUAUGGGCUUUGGUGAAAUGGUGGGGGGUAGGGUCACCUUAGAGUUCCCCUCUCAGCAGUAGAGUUGGGGCCACUUAUGGAGCCAGGGUCCAGUGGCCCAGGAUAGGGCCAGGGCCAGAGGUGGCUGCUGGGAGCUGCUUGAAGAGCACACGAUUCUCCCCCUUUACUAAAGAAAUGGCAUUGUUUGCUGCUCGUCACCUGGUCAUUAUGCUUUUGUUGAGAUUUGAGCCUUGGUCUAUGUUUGAAAUUGAACUGGCUUGUAAAUAAAGUUGGCGUUCCCUUCUAA